AUGGCAACUCCUACCAUAAAACAAUCAAAAGUGCAUUUAUCUCAAAGUCAAAUGGAUUUUAACCGUCUCAGAUUGUCGUUCUAUCCACCCACUUUUACCUCGUACGACCAAAAACGGUUUUUUCGUCAUCUGAUGCCAGAAGACAUACUAGACGAUUCGAAAAUUUCCUCUCAUCAAGAUGAUAUGAUACGUCAUGUGGCUAAUGGCAAUAACAAGACAAGUGGACAUUUGUACAGAGGGCCAGUAUCGUCGUUGUCAUCAACAUCAUCCUCGUCGUCUGCUGCGAACUGUCAUUCAUCCUUGACAAUUCACCAAUGUUAUUCGGCUAGUAAAACAACAGCUGCGACUCCAACUAAUAUUAAAAUGCUCAAUACAAAUACGAAUAGUAUCGAAAGAUUAUCCUUAUCCCCACCACCUCCACUACGAGCAUCAACUCAAACAACAUCUCGAUUUUCUUAUCUAAUUCGACCAUUGACACCAUGUAUAUUCGGUAGAGAAACCUAUGACGAUGAACCUACGAAUGAUGAUGAAUUUUUUCUUACUGCCGGUGGAAUUAUUCAUUCGUGUCCAAAUAUGCAUGAGUUAUUCACUGAUGAUAAUCGAAAAUUACAGUCGUGUGAUCAUUUAAUGUUGAUUAGUCAACAGACAAAAUUAAUUGAUAAUGAUAUCCUAAACUGUUAUGAUACCGAAUUAGAUCGUUAUUCAAUAUUACCUCGUUUUCAACAAAAUUCAUUAUCCACAUCAACAGGUUCAAUUGAUUCAGAACUUCAAUUGUAUAAAGAGAGACAUGCUACUGGAUUUUCUCGUCCAUCCUGUACUGAUGCUAUUUCAAUUUAUUCAUCACUUUUACCCACAACAUGGAGAUCAGACAAUUAUCUUUUAUUAAUGCCAUUUAUACAUCAUCAAAAUUCUCCAUUGGUUAAUUCAAUUAGUCAUGGAAAACGAUCGCGUUCAUAUGAUUUACCUAUAGGACCAACAUGUUCAAAUGUUGUUGCGUAA